AUGGCCUCAAGCCUCCCUUCGAACGGCCGCCUCGUCAACAUGGGCACUCGCUCUCUGGCGCUCUACACUCAUGGCCCAGAGCCCAGCAGCUCCAAAGAUCCCGUCGUACUAUUUAUCUCGGGCGUGCCAAGCGAUGUCCUCCACUGGCAAGCCGUGGUGCGGCUGCUGUGUCCCUCGCAGCGAAGCUACACUUACGACCGUUCCGGCUAUCACAACUCAGAGGCCUCGCCGCUCGCUCCCUCGGCCGAGAACGUUGCGCGGGAGCUCUCCCUCCUGAUUGAAAACGCUCCCAUCCCGAACCCGCUGAUCCUUGUAAGGCACUCGUGGGCCGGCAUGCUCAUACAUUACGCCCUGGUGAUGAAUGUGAGCGAUCCGAUUUUCUGGACUGUUGCCGCGGAUGUUGAUCCAUACUCUGCCUGGGGCGUAGAGGCGGAGCACAAGUUGACGCGGGAGAAGUGGGACGCAUUCAGGGCGGCCGAAGCAGCCGAGAAGUACAAGCUGAUUGCACGCAAGGAGGACUUCGAGAACUACAUGCCAAAUUUCGAGACACUGCGGAAGAAGGAGCUGAGUAAGAAGCAGCCACUGGUUGGAGAUAAAUCGGGUUAUGUGAUUGUUGGCACACGAAGCAGGGAUUGGGGUGGAUUGUACAAGGCGGGCGUAGCUAAAGGGAAUGGGACUGAGGAGCAGAGGAGCUAUGUGAGAGAGUUGAUCAAGACGGUCGACGCCAAGAAUGAGGGUCUCAUGAAGAAAUCCUUGAAACUGUCUACGAAGAGCGCGCCUGUCUUCGCCACCGAGAGUGGUCACUGUCUCCAGAUGGCUCAGCCGGAAUUCGUUGUUGAUGGAGUGAAAUGGGUCUUACAUAACCUACCGGCAUCUUCUUAG